AUGGCAUCCCAAGGUGCUGUGCCCCUUCGUCCAGCGUUCCAGCUAAAAACGCCUAAGGGAACUCGAGAUUGGAGUGGCCGAGAAUUACAUCUCCGCGAGUGCAUCUUCCGCACCGCAAGCGAAAUUUUUGAGCUUCACGGUGCUAUUCCUCUCGACACUCCGGUUUUUGAGCUUAGGGACAUUCUUGCCGGCAAAUAUGGCGAGGAGGCACGCCUAAUCUACAACCUCGAAGACCAGGGCGGCGAGCUCUGCUCGCUACGGUAUGACCUGACAGUGCCAUUUGCUCGGUGGCUCGCCAUGCACUCCGACGUCAAACAGGUCAAGCGAUAUCAAAUCGCCAAGGUCUACAGGCGGGACCAGCCCGCAAUCUCUCGAGGAAGAUUGCGUGAAUUCUACCAGUGCGACUUUGACAUUGCCGGCUCGUACGAUCCAAUGGUCCCUGAUGCGGAGGUUCUGCGCGUCGUGGUAGACAUCUUCCACGCCCUAGAGCUUGACAUUACCAUCAAGAUCAACCACAGACAGAUCUUGGAUGGUAUCUUUGACAUUGCAGGGGUACCGGCCGACAAAACAAGAACUAUCAGCUCGGCUGUGGACAAGUUGGACAAGUCGCCUUGGGAUGAAGUCAAGAAAGAGAUGGUUGAUGAGAAAGAUCUGCCCAAGGAUGUUGCGGAUCGUAUUGGGGAAUAUGUACAACGCAGCGGCAGCAUGUCUGAAAUGCUGGCAAGCCUCAAGACUGUCACAGAGUUCUGUGACAAUCCACUAGUCAAGUCAGGGCUCGACGAUAUGACUCUCCUCAUGUCUUAUCUAGAAGCUAUGAAUAUCAUAGACAAGGUCAGUUUCGACCUGUCGCUUGCUCGGGGUUUGGACUACUAUUCGGGCUUAAUCUACGAGGUUAUCCCUCAAACCAACGGAUCAACCAUCCAGGUUGGAAGCAUCGCCGCGGGUGGACGGUAUGACGGCCUUGUUGGUAUGUACGGUAAACAACCCGUACCUUGUGUUGGUGUCUCUUUGGGAAUCGACCGCAUCUUCACGAUUCUGGAUGCGAGGGAAACGAAGAAGAAGUCCCAAAAAAUGGCCCGGGAUGCCGAAGUCUUUGUUAUGGCCUUUGGCGGCAAGGAUUUCGAUGGCCUUCUACCCGAGCGCAUGGCAAUCGCUGGCGAACUAUGGAAGGCUGGCAUUAGAGCCGAGUAUCUUCCCAAGAAGAAGCCAAAGCCUCAAGCUCAAUUCAAUGCCGCCGGAGGCGUGCCAGUGGCUGUAAUGCUCGGGCAAGACGAGCUGGCAGCUGGCCAAGUGAGAGUCAAAGCAAUUCAAGCUGAGAAGGAAGAAGGGGCCACGAAGGACCGGGGUACACUCAUCUCUAGAUCUGACUUGGUUCAAGAAGUGAGGAUGCUGCUAAAAGCAGCGGGGUUAUGA